GUGGUAUCAAAUCGAUACCAAACCUUGCGGUACCGCACACCACUUGUCUGUAGGGGGCAGUAGUAUCGCAACAUCAACGAAACCGCCGAAGAAGAAACAGCAGAAGUGUGGGGAAGUGGUGCAGACAGCUCCCGUCUUUCAAGAUGCAGACACCAGCGCAGUCAAUCAUCCACAGUGGCUAUUUCCACCCGACACUCCGAUCCUGGCAGACCUGUGCUGCCGAUCUAAGACCCGACAAUCUAAUUUACCCAAUCUUCAUCACAGACAGUCCAGAUGCAGUGGAGCCCAUCGGCAGCUUGCCAGGACAGGCAAGAUAUGGAGUGAACAAAGUGGAGGGAAUGCUGCGGCCGCUUGUGGAGAAUGGCUUGAAAUGUGUGUUGAUCUUUGGUGUCCCGGCAAAAGUAGCGAAGGAUGACAGGGGUUCGGGUGCCGACACAGACGACACGCCAGCUGUCCUGGCAGUUAAGAAAAUCAGAUCCCUGUUUCCGGAGCUGCUUGUGGCUUGUGACGUCUGCUUGUGUCCCUACACGUCACACGGACACUGUGGUAUCCUAAAUGACGACGGCACUCUGAACAAUGAUGCCAGCUGCCUGCGCUUGGCAGAAGUAGCACUGGCCUACGCUCGGGCCGGUUGUCACAUCAUCGCUCCUUCUGACAUGAUGGACGGAAGAGUCAGCGCCAUAAAACAAGCUCUGAUAUCUAAUGGUUUGGGGAACAAGGCUUCAGUGCUGAGCUACAGCGCAAAGUUUGCCUCUUGUUAUUACGGCCCCUUCAGGGAUGCCGCGCAGUCGAAGCCUGCGUUCGGGGACAGACGCUGCUAUCAGCUGCCCCCUGGAGCGCGGGGGCUCGCCAUUCGAGCCGUGGAGCGAGAUGUGAGAGAAGGAGCGGACAUGCUGAUGGUGAAACCCGGUCUGCCGUACCUGGACAUCGUGAGGGAAGUUAAGGACAAGUUUCCCACUCACCCCCUGGCGGUGUACAACGUGUCGGGGGAGUUUGCCAUGAUGUGGCACGGAGCGCAGGCCGGAGCCUUCGACCUGCGGGCCGCUGUGAUGGAGGCCAUGACCGCCUUCCGCAGGGCAGGCGCUGACAUCAUCAUCACCUACUACGCACCUCAGCUGCUCACCUGGCUGAAGGAGUAACGAAUGAACGCCUGAGGCCUGAGGACGGACGGGAGCUGACCAACAGAGAGACUCCUUCAGAACAGUCCUGAUAUUAACCGAGAGAAAUAGAACUAACUUCGCAUCUCUUUAUUCAUAGUCCUUCUUUCAGUUGCUCUACGCUAACAAGUCAAAUGGCAGCCUUGACGUGUUUAUCUGAGGGUCAGGCUGAUUUGCAGCAGUGAUUCCUGCAUCCAAGUUAAAGUUCAGUUUAAACUAUUUGAAAGGCUAAUUUGAACUGAGCUUAGAGAACGUAAAGAGGAUUGUGUCGGGGGUUUUCUAGCUCUGGCAGAUUGUCACUGAGAUCAGCAUUGAAUCAAGUCAGUGACCUGUCUUCAUGUGAGGUGAUUAUCGAAUGUUUAUGUCUAAUGUAUAUGAUAGCUGUCUGAGGUCAUCCUUCAACAGCCUCUAAUUGACCAGAGGAAAUAAAGACAUUGAUUCGGAUGUA